UAAAUCGUAAUAGCAUAUACACAUCUCUAAAUGCCGGACAGCUGAGGCUGAAUUUAAUUUGGAAAACAUGUCUUCAACAUUAAUUAAAUGUUUCAAUGUAGCGAAGACCGUGAGCGUAGUGGCGUUCAAAAGUUUGUUGACUACACCACGAAGUCAAUUACCAGCUUGGAGUCAAGCAGCUGUUGGCUCUCUACAAAAAUGCGGCGUGCACACAACGGCUCCAGUACGGCAUGAGCGGCUCAUGGAGUUCUUUGACGAUCCUAAGCAUUGGAGCGAAAAUGAAGUGAAAGUGGGACGCGCCUGGCGUCCGGAUGAACUGCGCAUUAAGUCCAAUAAGGAACUGCAUCAGCUAUGGUACAUUCUGCUCAAGGAGCGUAACAUGCUGCUAACUAUGGAACACGAAUGCGAUGAUAAAAUGGAAAUCUUUCCCAAUCCCGAACGCAUCGAUAAGGUAAAAAUAUCCAUGGAGAAUCUAGAGACAGUUGUACGUGAACGCAACAGAGCUUAUCAUCUGCUCGAGACAGGGGAGACGGGCGAACGUCCCCAGAAGCAAAUGCAUAAUGCAUUCGGACUGCGCUGCACAUACAAGUCAUGCGAGCAUGUUCUGCCACCCUUCAUGAACACCAAAUGGAUUAAGUCACGUAAUUUAGGGUACGGCGGACGUGCUGUCCACAAAUUCCUGUUGAAAUAUCGCGAGAAGCUCUACAAUGUGAAACGCAAAGCCAAAAACCGCUCGCGCAAUGAAGUCAUGAUGAUAUUGAGAAGGAAUCCUCACUUUGACAUAGAGCUUUUGAAACGGAAGUAUUCCGAUGUGGACAUCGAGAAACUACGCAGGACCGACAAGGCACGCGGGCAUUUUGUACCCAAGGUUGAUGGUUAAGAAAUGUUCAAUAUUUAAUUACAAUAAACAUAACACAAGUAAACUAAACUAUUCAAAAGUUAAU